UCAUGCUGCUGCGAAGUCCAGAGUCUCCCAUGGGUCCCUGUACGGCCUCCCAUUGCUGCUGUCUCCAUCGCCACACUCUGCCAUGUGCCACUUUCAGGUCUCCUCACACUGCUGGUGUGUUCCAUUUUUUGUCAUAGGGUGCUGGCAGAUUACGGGCCUCCCAUAGCUGCUGCCAGGCCCCUAAUCUGCCAUGGGCCCCUAUACCGCCUCCUCAUGCUGCUGCGAAGUCCAGAGUCUCUCAUGGGUCCCUGUACGGCCUCCCAUUGCUGCUGUCUCUAUCGCCACACUCUGCCAUGUGCCACUUUCAGGUCUCCUAACACAACUGCUGGUGUGUUCAAUUUU